CUCGGGAGCAGUGGGUCGAGAGUUCGGACCACCCAGCUUCCUCGACGGUUGCCAUGGCGUGGGAUGACAUGGUUGUCCAUCACCAGGAGACGUCACCUCAUGUACCGAUUGUUCGUACCUACGGAGUACUAACCUCGCUACCUUACCUUAGAUCUUCACGUAAAACUUGCUUUCCCCCUCUUUUAUCCGCGCAAUUCUUUUCACCUCCUACGGAUUCCCUCGUCCGUUUUCCAAUCCCUUUCCCCCUAAUUCCCCUCUUGAGCUCUGCAAUUAUUACCUGCCUGAGCAAGGCGGCUUUUUUUUGGGGUCUAUGUAGGUAUCCAACAGGGCAUCUUCACCGAGUAGUGCUCAUAACUGGAUUGCCAAAGAUGCGACAUGUUGGACUAAUUUUUUUUCAAGUAGCUCCGGAAAGUUUCGAGUUCGACCAUUGAAGGCUGCCAAUUGGAGGAGCUAUCUGAAGUCUAGGAAUAUUCAUUUGUCCUCCUUUUCGUGUUGUUUUAGCCUUACUCUCAAGC